AUGGCCGAUCUACGCGCCCUUGGUAAGAGUGAACGACGUGUGUUGAAUACGUUGGAAGGAUUGGAGAAUUUUGCACGGAGAUACGACCCCACCCAGGACGAACCUCAAAUAUCAGUGCGCCUGGACUCCCUGGAGGCAAUCUGUAAGGAGUUCUACGCGAUUCGGGAACGGAUUGAGCUACUAACGGACGAAACCGCUGAAGAUGAGGACGACAAGGAUGUACGAUUGCGCGAAAAGGCCAACCUGGCGGCACUUACCGAGUUCGAGGAGCGGUAUUUUCGCUUGAAGGCCAGUCUCACAUCGAAGCGAGCUCCCCCACCACCAAUCGCGACGACAUCCGGAAUCGGUCAACCUGGUGACCGGUCGGAAUCUUCUUUUUCAAAGGUGAAGCUGCCAGAGAUUCGCCUUCCGUCGUUCGGUGGGAGGAUUAAGGAGUGGGUCCCGUUCCGAGACAGCUUUUGCAGCCUGAUCCAUGAGAACAAGCAACUCAACGACAUGGACAGGUUCAGCUAUUUGAAGUCGGCUCUUUCUGGAGAAGCGUUGCAAGAGAUCGAGUCUGUGGAGCUUUCAGCUGCAAACUACAGCGCGGCGUGGAAGGCGCUGGAAUCCCGCUACGAGAACAAAAAACUCAUAGUGAAGGCCCACCUCGAUGCUCUGUUUGCCGUGGAAGGCAUGAAGCGCGAGAGUUACGACGGCUUGAGCAACCUCAUCAGCGGGUUCGAGAAAAACCUCCAGAUGCUGCAGAAGAUUGGAGAAGACACCGCUGCGUGGAGCACAGUUCUGGCUUACAUGGUGUAUUCCCGGCUGGAUCCUGCCACACUACGGCAGUGGGAAACGCACCACAACUCCAAAGACGUGCCAACGUACCAGAACAUGAUCGCUUUCCUACGCAGCCAUUGUGCAGUACUGCAAUCCGUCGCUCCCGUGAGUUCGAAGCCGAGCAGCUCCGACUAUCGCUCAUCGAAGCCAUCCGUGUGCCAUGCCACCGUCAAACCGUCGAGGAAGUGCCCAUUCUGUGGAGAUUCGUGGCAUCCCGCCUUCGUCUGUGGAAAGUUUCAGCGGUUACAAGUUGCGGAGCGCCUCGAAGUUGUUUCCAAAGCAAGACUGUGUCGGAACUGUCUUAGCCUUGGCCAUUGGGCCCGAUACUGCGACAAGGGAACCUGUCGUCACUGCCAGCAGAAGCACCACACUCUUCUGCAUGGAGCACCAAUCAGAUCCUCCGUUCCACAAUCGCAGUCAAUUCCUCCGACUCAAACCAGACAACAGCCACAAUCCCCGCAACCAAGACCGAACCCGAGACCACAGACAUCAAACGCUAGCAACACUACACCCAGCAACUCUCAACGACCGAGCACUCAGUCACCAGCCACCAACACUGCCACAUCCACCACCCAAACACACAUUGCACUCCCAGUUACUCCCAUACACAACAUUCUGCUCUCCACCGCCCUUGUCAAAGUUCAAGAUCGUCACGGCAAUACCAUGCUAGCAUGA